AUGGUCAUUCUUAAGGGAAUCUCUAAGGAUGUUCCAGCCGAUGACUUAAUUCAGUCCAUCAGUCGCCAAAAUACAGUAUUAACUGAACUGAUUAACAAUGGUGGUGGUGAGAACCUCAAGUUGAGGUUUAAACGUGAAAACAGAAACGCCAAUUUGUACAACGCGGUAUUGAUAGUAGAACCCAAACUAUACAAUAAAAUGCUCGACAUGGGUCGAAUCGGUGUCGAAUAUCAGCGAUUCCACGUAGCUAGCUUCUCGCCGUUCCUACAGUGCCACAAGUGCCUGCAGUUCGGUCAUACUAAAUUAAGGUGCACUGCGGACCAAAAUCUCUGCUCAUAUUGUGCGAGCACGGAGCAUGAUGUGGGCAAAUGUCCCAAUAAAGAUAAGCCCAACAGUGUCAAAUGCUACAACUGCCACACUCAUAACACGCGCUUCAAUACAAAAAUGGAUACCAAACACACGGCCAACUCAAACAUCUGCCCACGAUUGCGAGCCAUGAGGGAGAAGAUUAAUAAUCGUGUCGAUUAUGGAUAUACACCGUAA